GAGCGGAUUCAGUCGUUUGGUAACUGUUGCUCAUAUCAGUCGCUCUCUGUCGCUCUUGGUUUGCGUGGGCAUAUCGGUCGUUCGGCUUGUUUGGGUUCGGCAUUUCGGGAUUUGAUUUCGUGAUUCGGUUCGGAUUCGUAUAAACCUGCGUCCGUUUAAGUUAGCCGGCCAUUGAGCACUAUCACUGCCAAAGGCAUUUGGCCCAACAACGCGCCCGUGUGUGUUUAUUACUGUGGCAUAAUCUUCGAUUAGCUCAGUCCAACCGAUCGGAUAUACCCUUAAAUUAAAAUAGUAAUACAACGAGUUAAAAACAAAACAUACACUGCACACCCCAAAACAUACAAGCACACACACACACACAUCAUAUAAAAAAUAUAAACCAGAGCCUUAGCGGCUGUAAAGUGCCACCGAAAAAGUACUUGGCCGUAUAUUUUAUGCAUGAAAAGCUGUAGCAAGUGCAACCUAACGCCAGAGUGACAUCAAAAAAAUACAUAUAAGGAAGCUCCAAAAAAAUAAACCCGGGAUUACCACUCACACACAUACGCUCUCUCAAGAAGAAAAAAAUAUAAUAAAGGAAGCCAAAGGAAGUCAGCAGCCAAAUCAUGUCACGGAUCGUUUUUAUAUGUCUCGCAGCCAUCUUAACAGAUGCACUCACCUGGGCCCAAGUGAAUGUGGAACCCAACACAGCGCUCCUCAAUGAAGGUGAUCGCACCGAGCUGCUCUGUCGCUAUGGCAGGUCCAUUAACUAUUGCCGCAUCGAGAUCCCUGGUGAACAGAAGGUACUCAACUUGUCGCCGGAAUGGAGCAAGACCCCCGGAUUCACGUACUUCGGAGCGGGUCUUACGGCCGGACAGUGCGGUGUCAGCAUCGAACGUGUGAAGGCUGCCAACAAUGGCCAGGUCAAGUGCAGUUUGGGUGUCGAAGGAGAGGAGCUGUCAGGCACUAUCGACCUCGUAGUAGCAUUGCGUCCCCAGCAGCCCAUCAUCGAGCUACUGUCACAACCCAAUCGGGAGGGCUACUUCAACCAGGGAACUGAGUUCAAGGCUCGCUGCAGCGUUCGUGAUGGUCGUCCACCGGCGAAUAUCUCAUGGUACAUUGACAACAUGCCGGCCAACAAGCAAACCACUCCCCUAGAGAUCCUGUCCUCCACCAACGACAAUGUCGAACUGUCGACCUCCGUGCAGGAAAUCCAAUGGCACCUGUCGCCCGAGGAUAGCAACCGGAAAUUGGUCUGCCGCUCACACCAUCAAACCGAUCGCGAAAGUGUACCGCCACAGGAUGCUGCCUACAUUAUCCACGUGCGAUAUGCUCCCGUUUAUCAGCCCGAUGCCGCUGUCUACGGACUUUACCUGGAACACACUGCCAUUGUGAACAUCACCAUCCGGGCCAGCCCGCAGCCAAAGAUCGAAUGGACCAUCGACGGAACUGUUGUGGGACAGGGACGCACCGACGGUCGUUACUCGGCAUAUGAGCCCCAGUACCUGGGCAACGAUGAGUACAAUGUGACUUUAGCCAUUGCAGGGCUGACUCUGGAAGAUACCACGAAAAUCUACUAUUUGAGGGCCAGCAAUGAACUGGGACCGACGGAGUACCAGGUCCGAAUCAGUUCGUCAAGCAAACCGCCCAGUAGCAGCCUCGAUGUGGCCGCAAUUGUUGGCAUUGUAGUGGCCGUUGCCGUUUUGGUCCUGGUCGUUCUACUGAUUGUGUUUGCACGGGCCACUGGCCGAUGGUGUUUUGGCGGCAAAUCAAUCAAGACGCCCACAAACGAAACCAGCGACACCGAAAGCGCCGAUAUAAAAGCCACUUCAACGGCAACGGCCACCACGACGAUGGGCGGAGUGGGCGUUUCGUCUGAGGAGGAGGAAACCGUUAACGAACAAGAGAACCCACAGCAGCUACAACAACAACAGCAGCAGAAGAAAGCCAAGAGAUUGCCGGCUUUUGCCGUGGCAAUUUUAAAGCGUUUCAACGAAAAGGAUUCGAAGAAGUACAAGGAUAACCAGGAGUCAUUGAAUAUUGUGGAGGCGAGCGAACAGGAGAGUCCAGCUACCAAUAAUGCCAUCGAUGGCAAUGACAAUGAACCAAAGCAAGACAAACAACUCGUCUAUGCUGAACUUGUACUAAAACCAGCCAACGAGACAACAACAAUAGCAACAUCAGCACCAACAACAGCAGAAAAAACAAUACCGGAGGGCACUGGAACUGGGCCCAAAAGUUCAACGGAAUACGCCGAAAUAGUCUAUGUGAAAAAGGGAGGCGAAGGCAAAUAAUAAUGUAGCCCAUCAAAAUAAAACCCUGGGAGGCUGACACAAAAAAACAUAAAUAUGAUUGCACAAAAAUUAAAGAGCGGCAGCAACGUAAACAAAAAUCCAGUGCAGCGUAAAACAUAAACUUUACAAUGAUAUUAAGAAUGCAAAAAUAAAAAAAAAAACAAAUAAUAAGAAUAAAAUCUCUUAAGUGGUUUUUCAAAAACUUCUUGAAUGUGUGUACUAAAAUCUAAUGAAAUGUGAAACUAAGAACGUAAAUGCAAAACAAAAUAAACUUUUACAAAAUAAACUUAAUUCUCCGCACAGAAAUCUUGACACAAGACACGCCCCCCAAUAUGUACCCCUCCUCCCACAGCCCACACAUUAAAUCAAAUUUACAACAAGAUAAAAAAGAAAAAACCCUAAAAAGCUAAAAGAAUAUUUGCAAAACAAAACUAUAUAUAAAUAAAAUUUACAUAAACAUAGGCAAGAGAAAAAAAAAAGCAUUUGAAAAUCUCAAUUAUUUACAUAAAUGUCUCGCAUUUAAGCUAAAUGUAAAUUUAAGACAAGAAGCCACAAAACAAAAAAAGAAAAUAUAAAAACUUAUGCAAAAUUUAAGUAAACUUAUUUAGACGAACCUUAAAUUAUUUUUACGCAAGCAUUUUUGUACACAUUGCCGUUUUGACUAUGCAAAAUUAAGGACUGUAACAAUUUAGGCCGCCAGAAAAAAGCAUUUAAACAAAUUAAUAAACAAAAAAUUAAAUAAGGAAAAUCUCGAAAACAUCUCUUGCAACGGAAAGUAUUCUAUCAUAAUUCAUUUUGUUUUUCUUGUCUCCUAACGAUAUCCAUCCAUUUUCCAUACAACUGGCAAUUAAUGUUAUUAUUUAAAACUAUUUACACAAUUACGAAUUAAUUGAUAAUUGACUAAGUUAAGUGCAUAUAAUAAUUACAAUGUACUUUCAUGAUGAUGAUUGAUUUUUGUAUUUUGUAAGUUAUGAUUUGUAUAAAGUUAAGCUGAUCAAGAAACUUUUUUGAAUAAAAUUCUUUACCAUA